UGCUCGCGAUCACUUGGUCCGGUGAGAAGCUCUCGGGAUCAGGCCCUCCACAAACGAAACUGCGUCGCGUUCGCCUUUAUUAAUCAUUGAAUAAAUUUAUGCAUCAAAAUACUAUAUAAAAUCAAACGAACUGGCCAGCGCCCAUCUCUGCCAAAAAGGAUACUCUUUUGUCUUAAAAAAAGGAAAAAUAAAACACACAAAAGUUAAGCAGGCAACGAUCAUUUGUUCGUUCGUUCAGUGAAGCCCACGCAAAGCGACAUAAAAAUCUCAAACACAAAUCGUGAUAAAUUUUCGCUUAAUUGUGCAAACGUUUUUCGAUGAUUUUGUCGUGUUGACUAAUUAAAAUUUGACGUGCAUAGCGAAAUAAAACUCCAACUUCGACAGUAACUUUGCGCGACGACACUUGGCAAGUGAAAUAAAUAACCCACAUCUUGUAUGUAAUUGGUGUGUGCCGAACGAGAUAUACAUAUAAUAUAUUAUAAUAACAAAACGAACCCACAGCAAAUACAAAUACAAUAAAUAGGUGUAAUUAGAACUGCGCAAAAUACUGAGAACUUGCAAAAAAAUAACGAUCCAGCACACACUGAGACUAUAUACACUGAGAGAGAGAGAGAGAGCACACCCCACCUGUUCUGAGCUUAAAUCCAUUUACAAUUGCCUUAAAUUAAAUGGAAAAUGUGCAGAGCUCGAACAGUUCAAUGAGACUGUCGCACAAAGCGUUCCCUUAGGGUUGCAAUUCUUCCGAAGAUUCUUCGCGAAGAAGCCCCAACGACAGGAGAGAGAAUAGCAAAGACAGAGCGAGAUCACACACAGGAAGGAUCAGCAAGGAUCAACAAGGAUACACCUCAGACAAGAUGCAAUUACCCCAUCACACUGGAGCUUCGAAUGGAGGACCCAGGGUCAGCUUCAAUCGGGAUGUGCACGUGAAGCGGAUAGGCAAGCGUCCCAGUGAAUACGAGCCACCGGCUAACCUGCAGAGUUAUCAUCAGUUGCCGCCGGACAUCGAUCCCGCGGACAUUCGCAAGGAGGCUGCCCUGGUAAUCGCCCAGGCAGGUCGGCAUCAUAGCAAAGCCGAGAACGGGGACCAUAUACCCAACUUCCGGAGCAAACAAAGGCGCCAGAGCCAACCCAGUGACUUCCAUUCGCUGCCAACGCGCCGCAAGAAGGGCAAGCCGGUGGCCCGAAGUGCCAGUGACGCCUCCACCAAGAAGCCAGUGGUCAAACGACCUUCGAUCUUUGGUCUCUUUAGCCGCAAGAGUGAUCCCCAGUUGGACAGGGAUCCGCGGUUCGAGGACGGCGGUGCCAGGCGUUUAGUGCGCAGUAAGAGUGAUGUGGGCAGCAGUAAGCUAGCCAGGAAAUCGGAGGAAAAGGCACACGGCAACCAGUCCCAGUCCAAGCAGCAGCUGAGUCCUAUUAUAGAGCAGGCGCAGCGCGAGGAUUUCUUUGAGAAGGAUUACUUCCGGGAGCGGGAACGCCGCAAGUCAGACGCCGUCACGCCACGCGAGAAGGAUGAGAGUGGUCGCGGCUUGAACGAGCUGCUGGCCAGGAGUCGCUCCCAGGCGGAGAUAGACGGACCCCUGCUCUCAAGUGGACCAGGACCAGGUACAGGAACGGGAACAGGAGCAGGACCCUCCAUUUCGGCGGGUAUCCGAGAUAGAAUCGAGACACUGCAGGCCAGAUCCGGCGAGAAUAUGCAUAGUUCCCAGCAGCCGGCGGAGCGCCUGCCGCUCACCAAAGGUCGCACUGUGGACGGCCUAGUCAAGCGCUUGUCCAUGGAGCGCUUCUCCCCCCAGCCGGUGAUCAGCCAGCCGGCCUUCUCGUACAUAAGGCCCAACGAGGGCAUCACCUAUGCCCAGCUGGAUCUGGGCGAGGAUCAGGUCCGGCGCCCGUCCCUGGACCGCGACGUGCGCACUCCACAGCGGGAGUUCGCCCCGGCCAGGCCUCCGCGUGCCAGCGAUGUCAGGCCCAGCUACUCGCCCACAUCCAAUGGCGUUCCCUUGGCCACCAGCAGACCCAGUCACUCGCCUUCGCCAUGGCAGCAGCUAAGCCCCCGCAAUCUUAGCGAUGAGGAUGAGGGACUGGGCUAUGAGCCCCGGAAGGUGUAUUACGAGGACGAGUUCUCGCGGCGGGCAGAACCACCCAUUGUUCCGGUCAUAAGGAGCGUUAGUCCUGCACCCUACCUAGAUGAGUUGGGCUACCGGAGAGCCCAGCUGGAGACCCGCAUUCUCACCAGACGCUUCGGCGAGGGAGCCACUCUGGAGAGGAACCGAGAGAUGGGCAGACCCACUCCCGAUCGUGAGCCAGAGCGCUUACAUCGUCCCGUUCGCCAGGAGCUCUCCAGUGAGUACCCACCAGAGCGAUCCCAGCUGGACACUGGCUCCACGCUGCCGCGCAUGGAGAAGACCUCACGCUACCGCCACACCAAGUACUACGAUGAUGGACAAGGUGGCGUCAAGGAGACCUAUGUGCGGGAGACCCAACGGGAUGGUCAGGUCAGGGAAUCGCGACAUCGGGAACGCAUCGGAGAAAGGGAGAGGGACUACAAUUCGGCAGAUCGACUGGAGCACGAGCCCAAGAGCCUGGACUCGCAGCUGACUGACCAAUACCGAUCCUCGCCAGAGCUGCGUGCCCAGACACAGACGCUGCAGCGGGAGACACGGGAGACACGGGAGCCACAGGACUACUGGCAGAGCAGCCUGAAGCGGGACAAGCUGCAGCAGCGUAGCUUCGACAAGGGUGACUCGGGCAUAGAGAACGACUUCCGCAAGGAGUCCUUCAACGGAGACUUGACCACAAAAUGGCGCAAACGCACUGUCCAUGAUGACAUUCGGGCCUGUGAUUCUUUCCUUCGCAAGGAGCGUCGGGACAGCGCCCAACAACGCCAGAUCCAACGGCAGGCGGUGCCAUCCCGACUCCGCCGCGAGCACAGCUAUGUGUACAGGGAACGCUCCAUUGACGAUGGCUCCCACUUCGACCCGCAUCUGGACAAGUAUCCGGUGGCCACCAGCACGCUGCGUCGUCGUGAGCAGCACUCUCAGUCGCAGUCCCAAUCCCAGUCCCAGAACCAGAGUCGGGAGGAUUCGGGCACCCUGAAGCGGAACAAGAAGCUGGGUGGCUUCGAGAAGGUGAAGCAGCUGUUCACGGGCUCGGCUGGAGCAGGAGCUGGUAGCCAUGGCGGCAGUGGUCGCAGCAGUGGCAGCAAUGUGUCCAGUGGCAAGAAGGAUAGGAUGAGCAAUGGCAACAGCAGCACACUGAGUCGUCGCGACAAGGAGAAGGAGAAGGAGCGGGAAAAGGAAAGGGAGCGCUACAUGGUCAGAGAGGAGGAGAUGCGGUCGCGGUAUCGUGAGCAUCACACCGAGGAGGCCUUACGCGAACCAAAGACUAUCGAUAUCUCGAUGCGACGUCGCUUGUCCACGCCCAAAGCUAGUCCCCUGCUGGUGAAGCGGAGUCCCGCUGACAAGCCACCCAAGAAGCAGCCAAAGGCCAAGGAGACCACGCCGGCCAAGGUCGAGAAAACGAGCUGGUUCAGAUCGCUGGACCGACGGGCCAAGAGCAGUCCCAAGGAGCUCAAUGUAUCCGUCAAUGGACACAGUGAGACCACUUCCAGCCUGAAGAGGACCAAACGCAAUACGACUGCGGCGCCAGCCAAGAAUUUGCGCUUCUUUGGCGACACCGAUCUGGAUUCGAAUCCGCCAACCAUUUCCAAGGCCACCAGUAUGCCCAGGAGUCGUCCCUCCUUGGGCCAGUCCAAGCACUCGCAGAGUGCCUAUCACCUGGAUCGCAGUCCACCGCCACUGGCCCGGGACUAUCGCCACACGCUGGCCGGUCAGGCAGCAACGUCCCAGGCCCAGAGCCAGAGUCACAGCCAGACCAAUGGCAAUAGCAGCCGGCAAAGGGCCAGCUCCAUGCAGCACUUGGACAACGGUCAUGGCAGCGAUGAGGUGGACUUCCGCAAGCGACGCCACUACUCACGCUCCCGGGAGCUGCACGACAUCUCGGAGAGCGGCUCGGAGCCGGAGCCAGCGGAGCGACACAAGAGGAGCAGCACAGUGGCACAGCGGGCCAUGUCGCUGGAGAGAUCGAUAGAUGGACCCCGUAGGUCCGAGGAUCGUCCGCUGCUGUUGGGACCCCCGAAGCCGGCCCGCAGUGCCGAGCGACGGGGUCUGCUCAAUAGCUUGGGUCAGGAGAACUUGGGAUUUGGCAGGGAUCGCUAUCCGGCGGAGAGUUCCGGCACCGAGGGCGAGUCCAGCCUGCACAGCCAACGCAGUGUGGUCUACCUGCACGCCACCACAGUGGGUGACAUCCCACAGCCAUAUAAUCUGCGACGGCGUUCAAUGUCGCGCGAUGACCUUCGCCGGGUCAAGGGCAAGCAGUCGCCGCAGCAGCCGCCCCCUCUGCAGCCAAUGACCCGCACCGUGUCCCGGUCUGUCUCCAUGCUGGCUCCAUGGAAGCCCAAACACAUCAGCGAGGGAUAUGAGAUUAACUAUUCGCAGGAGCAGAACAAGAGGAUGUCCACACUGCCGCGCAAGCCUCCACCACAUAAUGGAGCCACCAGUGCCAGUACCCUAAGCCGCUUGGGCAGGAAGAACGAGACUUCGGGGCGACGCUACCACAUGGACAGCCUGGAUCGGCCACCUCCACCGAGGUCCGUGCUCUCCGCAUCGAAUUUACGCAGCGCCAAGACGAAGUGAGAGUUCCAGGAUACAACCCGAACCUGGACAGGACAUUCCCCCCGGUGCUCCAAGUGUGGAGGUCUCGAGCAUCCUCCCCUCCAACCACACCUAGUUACUAGAUGUAAUCCUUAAAUCGAACUCGAUCGAAAUGUAUUUCUAAUCACUUCACCCGAUGGAGGCAGGAGCACUCGCACAUCCCCAUGAGAUGAAGGGGGGCGAGGUGCGUUGCCUUUUGAUUAGUUGCUUAGGAAUUCUUUAACCUUUGUUGCAAUUCUCGUCAUAUUUUUUAAAUGUGAAAUGUAUUCGUACUCCAGUAAUAAUUAUAA